CAACCACAAGAUAAAUGCAUCUUGCAUUUUGCUUCAUCCCUCACAUUCACUUUCUUGCAAAAAAAAAAGAGACACACCGAAACAUGUUAACCUAGAAAAAGAGAAAUGAAAAGCAUGAGACUAUUUCUUUUACUUUCUUUCAAUGCUCUCAUGCUACUUGAAGCAUAUGGUUUUACCGAUGAAACUGAUAGGCAAGCGUUGAUAGAGUUCAAGUCUAAAGUUUCGGAAGACAAAAGAGUUGUCUUGUCCUCAUGGAAUCACUCACUCCCUCUCUGUAACUGGAAAGGGGUCACAUGUGGCCGCAAACACAAGAGAGUCACACGUCUGGACCUCGGAGGAUUGCAAUUAGGCGGGGUGAUAUCACCAUCUAUUGGUAGCUUGAGGCCUGAUUUUGGCAAUCUGCUACCAAACCUUCAAGAGCUAUCUCUGGGAAGGAACCAUCUUUCAGGAUCAAUUCCAGUUACACUUUCCAACAUCUCGACUCUUCAAAUGAAGGAUUCCUCCAAGCUUUGGAAAGGCAUGGAAAUUGCAAUACCUACUUCUUUUUGUUACUCUUUUGGGGAUCUUGAAUUUCUUGAUGCUUUAACUAACUGCACCCAUCUUCAUACCUUGAUUGUUAGUGAAAAUAGGUUGGGGGGUGAAUUGCCUACCUCCAUUGUCAACCUAACUACAAAUCUCAUCCUUUUACAUCUUGGAACAAACCACAUCUAUGGAUAUAUCCCUCGUGACAUUGGGAAUCUAAUAGGUCUACAAGAACUUGGGUUGGAAGAAAAUCUGUUUACAGGUUGGGAAGCUGUUAAGAUUGGGGUUGUUAAGGGAGAUACCAUCUGCUAUGUGUCUAACAAUAGCUUUGAAGGAACCAUUCCUCCAAGUCUUGGCAACUGUCGAUACCUGCUACGUUUAUAUAUUGGAUCUAAUAAGCUGAGUGGAACUAUACCUCAAGUGGUUAUCCAAUUCCCAGCCCUUGUUAUCCUAAGCAUGGGAGGUAAUUCUUUCACCGGUUCUCUAUCCAAAGAUGUUGAACGACUAGCAAAUAUUGAAAAUGUCUCGGAAUGGAGCAACUUUAUCUACAAGGAAAUUGGAGCCAUUCCUGAUAUAAAAGGAUUAGUGGGUGUUAAAAGAGUUGAUUUUUCCAACAAUAAUCUCUCUGGAAGUAUACCUGCAUAUUUUGCAAAAUUUUCCUCGUUGGAAUAUCUCAAUUUAUCCAAUAACAAUUUCCAGGGAAGGGUGGCAACAGAAGGGAAAUUCCAAAAUGCUACCAUUGUUUUUGUAUUUGGAAAUACAGAUCUAUGUGGAGCUAGACCCAUGCCUUGCGGAAGCACCGCCAGUGGAAAAAUAUCAUUCCUCUCAUUUACAAAAAAAUAUGGAAUGGGAGGAGCACCAUCGAUACAUGGUGAUGUGUUUAGCUUUGGGCUUCUCCUUUUGGAAAUGUUUACUGGGAAACGACCAAUAAAUGAGUUAUUUGAAGGGAAUUUUACACUUCAUAGCUACACUAAGUCUGCGUUACCGGAAAGAGUGUUGGACGUUGCAGACAAGUCGAUUCUUCAGAGCGGUCUCAGAGUCGGUUUCCCGGUUGGUGAGUGCUUGACAUUGGUUUUGGAGGUGGGGCUUAGAUGUUGUGAUGAAUCUCCGACGAAUGAAGCCAUGAAGGAGUUAAUCUCAAUCAGAGAGAAGUUCUUUAAAACCAGAAGAACAGCCAGAAGUUAAAGUGGUUAUGGUUUUCCUUACAAACUUUGCAACCCACUUAAAAAAGGCUUUAUCUGAGACCAAUAUGAUAUCAUCGUAUUCUCUUCUAAUAAUCUGUAGUUUGUUAUAUUAUUUACGUAUAUGCUAUGUUGUUUCCAAACAAGAUUGAAAGUUUGUGUUGCCAACGUUUAUAAUAAUAUAUGAAAUAAUCC